ACAUCAUGAUCACAAUUGACCACAUACACAUGUGUUCAUUCUCACAAAACAAAAUGUUAAGAUACGGACACAGAAACACAGAUUGCGUUAGAGAGAGAAACCUCGGAUCGAAAUUGUUCUUCUAAAGUUCUUAUUUUUCUAACAACUAACCAUAUAUUGUUCAACUCUUUCCAUUUGAAUAUGACAUUAUGUAACUGAGGAUUGAGAUAGAUAUAGUGUGCAUGUGAAGACAAGGACAUUUCCAGAAAAAAAGUGUUUCUUAAAGACCCAGCAAAAAUCCAGGCCUCUGAUUCCUGAAUACACACUCCCUACAAUGCCAACACCAAUACUGUCUUCACGAUUACGAUUGCAAUCUAUUUCUAUUUGGUGGGGGAUCUGAAAAAUUUGAGCUUGGAUGCAAUGUGGGUUGAAUUAGGGCAGUUAUAGGUGUCCUACCUGUCAGGGUGACCCUCUUGGAUCUUCCACACAAUGGCAUUGUUCCGCAAGUUCUUCUAUAAGAAGCCCCCAGAUGGGCUUCUAGAAAUCACUGAAAGGGUUUAUGUCUUUGAUUACUGCUUUACCACGGAUGUUAUGGAAGAAGAAGAAUAUAGAGUGUAUCUAGGAGGAAUAAUUGGGCAACUUCGUGGUCACUUCCCUGAUGCUUCAUUUAUGGUGUUCAACAUGAGGGAGGGAGACUGCCAAAGCCAGAUUUCAAACAUUUUGUGUGACUAUGAUAUGACUGUGAUAGACUAUCCUCGACAGUAUGAAGGGUGCCCAUUGCUUACCAUGGAGAUGAUCCAUCAUUUCUUGAGAUCAGGUGAAAACUGGCUUGAACUUGGGCAUCACAAUGUUGUCUUGAUGCAUUGUGAACGAGGUGGGUGGCCGUUAUUAGCAUUUAUGCUGGCUGCACUCUUGAUUUAUAGAAAGAUGUUUACAGGGGAGCAAAAAACACUAGACAUGAUAUACAAGCAAGCUCCUCGGGAACUUCUGCAGUUGAUGUCACCUUUGAAUCCUUUACCUUCACAAUUGAGAUAUCUUCAGUACAUAUCAAGAAGAAAUGUUGGUUCAGAAUGGCCUCCUCUUGAUAGGGCACUUACAUUGGACUGUGUAAUUAUAAGACUUAUUCCUAACAUGGGUGGAGAGGGUGGCUGCCGUCCUAUAUUUAGAAUAUAUGGGCAAGACCCUUUUAUUCCUGCAGAUCGAACUCCCAAAGUUCUCUUCUCAACUCCAAAAAGGAGCAAACUUGUUCGCUACUGUAGGCAGGUGGUACCCAAGUCCUUUUACCCUAAUUUAAUAUGCUUUUUAACACCCUUUAUUUUGUUCUUACUACCUAUAUUGAGAUGUUCCUUCCAUUAUAUGUUCUUACUACCCGAAAUGUUUUUUCUUUUUUCAUAUUUGUUUCAGUCUGACUGUGAACUGGUUAAGAUUGACAUCCACUGUCAUGUUCAAGGUGAUGUCGUUUUUGAGUGUAUUCAUCUGCACAGUGAUUUAGAGCAUGAAGAAAUGAUGUUUCGGGUGAUGUUUAAUACAGCAUUCAUAAGAUCAAAUAUUUUGAUGCUUAACCGUGAUGAAAUUGACAUACUAUGGAAUGCUAAAGAUUGCUUCCCUAAGAAUUUUAGAGUGGAGGUUCUUUUCUCAGAUAUGGAUGCUUCAACUUCUGUUAUUUCAAUUGAUCUGCCUCAUGUUGAGGAGAAAGAUGGCCUCCCUGUUGAAGCAUUUGCGAAGGUCAAGGAGAUUUUCAGCAAUGUGGAUUGGCUAGACUCAAAGGAAGAAGUAGCAAGUGUGCUCCAACAGAUCACAUCUUCAAAUAUCCUUCUGGAAAGAUUUGAGUCUGGGGUUUCUGCUGCAACAAGUGACUUGCAAAAGGAGUCAUCUGAAAAGUCUACAGCUGUUUUGAAGGCACACAGUGAUACAAACAUUCAAGCUUCUGCAGUUCAGGGGAAACAUUCUACAUCCUCAUUAGGAUCGUCUUUGGAUUUUGCUAUGGGAAAUAAGACUGAACCAUUAGAGUCAAAGACAUUGUCCAAAAAUGACAUUGAGACUCUUGAAUGUUCAGGUCAAGGGAACCAACCUAUUCACUCAUUUGGGCUUUCAAAAGAUUCAGAUUCUACUAAAAGGGGGACUGAGUCAUCAGAAUCCAAGGAGAAGGAUAUUGAGUCAUUAGCAUCCACUGAUGCAGAUUCAUUGGCAAAGAAGACUGAUUUGUUAGGAUCAAAGGAGAAAACAUUUGAGUCACUCAACUCCGAGGCAUUUUUGGAAAAUGAUAGCAGAUUCAAAUGUGAACCUAGGCCACUUGCAGAAAUUGAUAACUCAUCUGGUAGUGCUCCUAUGGAAAAGAACAAUGACCCUCUAGAAUUAAAGGUAUCACCAGAAAAUACCCUCAAGACUUCUGCUUCCACGAGUCAGGGGAAACGGCUUACUCCCUCAUUUGGACUCAUAUCAGAUUCUAGUUCUCCUAAAAAGCCUGUUGAAUCAUUAGACAAUGCCAAGGUUCCAACAUCUAUGCCUCUUGUGGCGAAGUCUAUGCCCUCAAUUGAACCAUAUAAGGAUGCAUAUUCAAUGACACAGGACAUGGGACCAUUAGAAACAAAGUCAUUAACGGAUGGAAAUUCAAUAAAAGAGAAAAUGGGGCAAUUAGAGCAAAUCGUAUUGUCAGAAAAUGAUACCAAGAGUGUCACAUCCACAGCUCAGGGGAAACAAUAUAGUCCUUUACUUGAACAGCCUGUUGAAGCAAGCACAAUUAAAACGAAAAUUGAACCUCAUGAAUUGCAGGUUUCCCUCCAGCUUCCCACUCAAUCAAAAAUAAUUUCUUCACCGGUGCGUCCAGCUGUCCGAUCUGCUUCUGCUUCCACUUCUUAUUUUAACUCCUUAAAAGGUUCACCUGUAGCUAUCUCAAGAUAUCGUAGUGCACCAUCAGCUCUUGGAAUAACAUCUGUGUUGCAGGAUCAUGCAGCAGUGGAUAUCAAAGAAGUAACUCAUGCAGUCACAGUAUCUCCUCCAGCUUCUGUGUUGCCUCCUUCAGACUCCAAGGUGUUAAAUUCUGUAGAGCCUAGUCCUGCAGCUGUUCCUCCAGCAUCGUCAUCGCCUUUGCAUCCAUCUUUACCGUUAAAAACUUCAGUUGAUGCUCUUAAAACCACGGAAAAGACUUUUGAAUCCCUUUCUCCUGCAGUUGUAACUACAUCACCACCUCCACCACCACCAUCUUCUCAAUGUGAUCACACUUCAAAUUUGAUGCAAUCUAAUGCUACUCAGUACCCUGAGAAUACAAAUGAAGGUAAGAAACCAUUGGUUGGUCCUCCUCCUCCUCCUCCAUCCCCUUCAAUGCUCGCUCCUCCAACCCCAUCAUUUUCUCCAGCCCCUUCCCUUCCUGAAACAUCAGUUUCCACAACCCAAGGUUCAUGUAAAGGUCCUCCUGCACCACCACCUCCACCUGCGCUGUCUGGGUUUCCUUCGUCAUUGGGUAUAAAUGAAUCAGUUGCUAUACCUGGCCCUCCUCCUCCUCCCCCGCCUCCACCCCCUAGCCUUUCAAGUUCAGCACCACCAUUAGCACCACCACCACCACCCCCUCCUUCCGCUUCUGCAUUCCAAAAUUCUUUGUCUGAGAACUCCAAAAAUGGUCCUCCUGUACCCCCACCUCCACCUCCUAGCCUUCCUGGUUCAACUCUAUCACCUUCAGCGCCGCCACCACCCCCUCCUCCAGGUUCUGCAUCCCAAAAUUCUUUGUCUAGCUCCACAAAUGUUCCACCUGUACCCCCACCUCCCCUUUCUGCCAAUGGAUUGUCAAAACCUGGAGUUCCUGGACCACCUUCUGUUCCUGGACCACCUUCUGCUCCCGGACCACCUUCUGCUCCUUUUGAUGCAAAGGGUCGUGGCCUGAUGCGAGCUAAUGCGAAAUUUCAGUCUAAGAGGAGCAAUCUGAAACCUUACCAUUGGCUAAAAUUAACAAGGGCGAUGCAAGGAAGCUUAUGGGCUGAGACACAGAAACUAGAUGAAUUUUGUAGGGCUCCAGAGUUUGACAUGUCAGAACUUGAAACUUUGUUCUCCGCAGCUUCUCCAGCUGCUAGUGAUGGAAAAGGAGGAAAGUCAAAUCGCCGUGCCUCUGGGCAAAAAGUUGAGAAAGUUCAACUGAUUGAGCUCAGGCGGGCCUAUAACUGUGAGAUCAUGCUUACAAAAGUCAAAAUUCCUUUGCCUGAUUUGAUGAGUGCUGUGCUUGCAAUGGAUGAUACAGUAUUAGAUAUCGAUCAAAUUGAGAACCUCAUAAAAUUCUCUCCAACCAAAGAAGAGAUGGAAACACUCAAGAACUAUGCCGGGAAUAAGGACAACUUGGGAAAGUGUGAGCAGUUCUUCUUAGAAUUGAUGAAAGUGCCAAGAGUGGAAAGCAAGCUAAGAGUUUUCUCUUUUAAGAUGCAAUUCCUGUCCCAGGUUUCAGAGCUUAAAAGAGAUUUGAAUAUUGUGAAUUCUGCAUCUGAAGAGAUAAGGAAUUCAGUCAAGUUGAAAAGAAUCAUGCAGACUAUUCUUUCUCUGGGUAAUGCUUUGAACCAUGGAACUGCAAGAGGUGCGGCUGUUGGGUUUCGAUUGGAUAGUCUCCUUAAACUGACUGAUACAAGAUCAAGAAAUAACAAGAUGACUCUUAUGCAUUAUCUCUGUAAGGUGCUUGCUGAAAAACUAGGAGAACUUCUCGAUUUCCAUAAAGACCUACUGAGUUUGGAGGCGGCAAGCAAGAUACAAUUAAAAUACUUGGCAGAGGAAAUGCAAGCUAUUAGUAAAGGACUGGAGAAAGUAGUUCAGGAAUUGACUGCAUCAGAGAAUGAUGGACCUGUGUCAGAAUACUUCUGCCAGAUUCUGAAGGAAUUUCUUUCUUAUGCUGAAUCUGAAGUAAGGUCCUUGGCUCAACUUUAUGCCAACGUGGGUAGAAAUGCAGAUGCAUUGGCUUUAUACUUUGGUGAAGAUCCAGCACGUUGUCCAUUUGAACAAGUUGUAUCUACGCUGCUCAACUUUGUGAGGUUGUUCGUAAAAGCACAUGAGGAAAAUUGCAAGCAGAUUGAACUAGAGAGAAAAAGAGCAGAGAAGGAAGCAGAGAAUGAGAAGUUGAAGCUAGCUGCUGCCAAGAAGGAGUCUGAACAGAUGAUGAGGACCACUAUAAAGAGUGGGGAUAUUAAAUGAUAUGAUCCUUUGAAGGCCUCAAAACAAGAGUUGUUCCACAGUGGUAAAGAUCCCAUGUGGUUGGAUGAAGAAAACCCUUUGCACAAGUGCAAAAUCAUCUUGUUCUUGGCUGCAUUGACAUUGAUGAUGACCCUAUAACUCAAGUUCUCUAAUGAAAGAAAUGUCGUGCUCAUGGCAUAUGGCUGAGGAUUAUGUUCAUGUUAAGUAAUAAGCCUUCUCAAAGCUCAUUUUAUGUUGAUAUGUGCACCCUGCAUUGUCAUGAGUUUUUAAUUGACAUUCAUUUCCAUCUCAAUUUGUUCCAUGUCAAGCAG